UUUAUCGCCACAUGCUUAUGAAUUUCUCGACAAAGCGGCAGCCUGAGGAUGGCGGGAAAGGAGGCGACCGCUGCAUUCUCGACUUCAAAGCCCACGGUCGAUGCCGAAUCGGAGGUGUGUUGGAGAAAAGAAGUGGACCAAAACCUCAAGCGCCUUCAAUCUCUGCUAUUUGGUGCAGAUGCUGCUCUGGAGAAGGGAGAUUACGGCUCCGCGCAAGUGCUAUCCCUCGCGCUCCUCGGCUUCCUGGAUUCUCGCUCCUGCUCCGCUGUAGAUGAGGCCUUUAUCCGCCCUAUACGCGGCGAGGCCGUCUCCAAGCUCGGCAUGGCUCGGCGCUCCUUGAUUCCUGAUUCUGAUCGCCAAGCAUUCGCACAAGCAGGCAAAGAUCCAGGCUGCAUAUUGAGAAAGAGAGGUGAUAUUGACAUGCAGAAGAUUAAACAAUCCAAGUAUUUUCACGCCCUUUUUCAGCAGUGCUAUGAAAGAACUACACAUGGAUUGAGAAAGCAACUUGAAAAGCGGGACAAUUUGAAGACCUCAAAGACUCUCGUACAGUCAAAUCUGACUUCCUUGUAUGGAAAUGGUUCUAGGGAAAAUGAUCGCAGCUCCAAGAAAGAUAAGAUAUCAGAGGAUAAUGUCAUCAUCGAAAAAAAAUAUUCAAGUCAGAACUAUCCCCAUAAUCAUUCUAUGUCUACCAUUACUAAGGCAGAUGAGGAGGAAGCAGCUCCUUGGAUUAGUUUUAAAACAAAACGGUUGCACAGAGAAACUAUAAGCCCUAGAAAUGAAAAUGUAAAAUCCCCAUCAGCCAGUGAAGAAGCUGACCUCGGUGCUCCCAGCAGCGGAUUUGUUACUGCAAGAACAAAACUGGAAAUGGAGGCUAGGCAAAAGCGAGGUUUAACUGGAUCACCAAGUCCAUCUGUCUCACCACAAAGUGAUGCCAUAACCCACAGGGGUUAUGGAGCCAGAUCUUAUGGUUUUUCUCGUCGCGGUGUUAGAGGUAAUUUUGUUCCUCCCAUCAGAUCAAAUGGAAGUAGUACAGGCAAUGUGACUUCACGCAUUGCUGGGAAGGGCGAAGAUGCAAUAGAUGACUCAACAAAAAGAUGUUUGGAGUUGCUAUGUGGCCCUGAUGGCGAGCUUCCUGAGAAGUUGAGAAAUUUAGAACCUCGGCUUAUCGAGCAUGUCAGCAAUGAGAUAAUGGACAGGGAUCCCAAUGUCCGCUGGGAUGAUAUUGCUGGUUUGGAACAUGCAAAAAAGUGCGUGACUGAAAUGGUAAUAUGGCCUUUGCUGCGGCCUGACAUAUUCAAAGGUUGCCGUUCUCCAGGUCGUGGUCUUCUCCUUUUUGGACCACCUGGAACUGGUAAAACUAUGAUAGGAAAAGCAAUAGCUGGAGAGGCUAAAGCAACCUUUUUCUACAUAUCAGCGAGUUCAUUGACAAGCAAAUGGAUAGGUGAGGGUGAAAAGCUUGUGAGAGCCCUUUUUGGUGUUGCUAGCUGUCGUCAACCUGCAGUAAUAUUUGUGGAUGAAAUCGACUCUCUUCUGUCUCAGCGCAAGUCGGAAGGUGAACAUGAAUCCAGUAGGCGACUGAAGACACAAUUCCUCAUUGAGAUGGAAGGCUUUGACAGUGGAAACGAGCAAAUUCUAUUAAUAGGUGCAACCAAUAGACCGCAAGAACUUGACGAGGCUGCAAGGAGGCGACUCACAAAGAGAUUAUAUAUUCCGCUCCCAACUUCAGAAGCAAGAGCCUGGAUCAUAAAGAACCUGCUGGAGAAAGAUGGAUUGUUUAACCUUUCAAAUGAAGACACAAAUACUAUUUGCAAAUUAACUGAAGGGUACUCAGGAUCUGAUAUGAAGAAUUUGGUGAAAGAUGCUUCAAUGGGCCCAUUAAGAGAGGCUCUAAAACAGGGUAUUGAAAUUACAAAGCUCAAAAAGGAGGAUAUGAGACCUGUUAAUCUUCAGGACUUUGAGAAAGCAUUACAGGAGGUGAGGCCUUCAGUCUCACUCAAUGAACUUGGCACGUAUGAGAAGUGGAACGAGCAAUUCGGUAGCUUGUCAUUGUAGCUACCAUCAAUCUGAAAUUGAAUUACUUAAUCUGUUGCAAAUUAUUCUUGUGUGAUCAUUGACACCCAAAUUCGACUAUUCAUUAGAGAUACUAAAUAAAUAACAUCUCCUGUACCUAAUUAGAAGCUAUUGAACCACUUGAGUUCCAUGAGCCUCAAAUGUUAAGACCCCGAGCUAGGUUGUUUGAGUUUUGAGA